AUGCUCAAACGCAAGUCGUCUUUCGACCACAGCAGCAGCCGCGGCCCCCACGUCUCCAUCUUUAGCGACGACCCCACGCUCGGGCGUCAUAAGCGGAAGCGUGCGCUCUUCCGACCCAAAUCAAACAAGCAGACGCCGCAGCAGUGGAGACCUGCUCCCGAGCGCAGCAUGAGCGAGCUGCUGGAAUUUGUAUUACAACAUGAAGACGCCUUUAGGAAACAACAACUCGAUAUAAACCCAGAGGGUUACCAUGCCAACAUCGCCGCGUGGACAAAAGCACUCAGUGAUGCUGCACGAGCAGGUGUCGUCCCUAAGAAGGGCACCACACACGAUCUACUGAACAUCCGAGCCGCCAACGAGCUUGCGCAAGCACUCCAACAUCCGCAAUACGGGCAACCAGUAUGUCUUCCUGCCGUAUUCCACGAAGCAGUGAAGAAGAAGGAAAUGCUACCCAUGAAAGACUUUCUCACGUCAAAAGAGAGCAUAUAUAAGUCAUCUUGGAUACCCUCGCCAUGGCAGGUACUCCAAUGGAGCCUACGACAAGUCGGCGUCAUAGGGCAACCGCAAUCCCCGCGUAAACUAGAAGCCGGAAACUUUGUAAUAGUAAAAAACGUCGAGGUAGCCGCCGAUGAAAUCCUCAAAAAGAUGAAAGACCAUACCUCCACCGCCGACCGAGUCCUCUCCCGAACCGACUUCCUAAACCGCUUCGCCACCACGCUCAACCCGUCCGCACCCCUCACAACAGACGACCUAGACGUCCUCCUCGUCUUCCUCGCUCGAGAUAAACACGCUAUAUCGUAUACCGCGCAAACCAUAAAGUUCAAACCAGAACAUGAAGCCGAACCUCUCCCCGUUACACAAGAAGACGCCGCUAUCGCAAACCUCCGCGAUACCGUCGCAAACAUCCACGCGCAGCUCCCUCCGCUGAUGAAAAAGAUCUCAGAAGCCUCAGCCGCCGCCCGCGAAGCCGUCGCUGCUAAACAAAUAGUCCGCGCAAAAGCCGCCCUCCGCUCCAAGAAACUCGCCGAGCAAGCCCUCGCACAGCGCUCAGAUGUCGCCCUGCAGCUCGAGCAAGUCUACAACGAUCUCCAACAUGCAGCAGACCAGGUGGAGAUCGUAGAAGCGAUGCGCGCGGGCGCUGCGGCACUCAAAGGCUUGAACGAGAAAGUUGGGGGCGCGGAGGGCGUCCAGGGUGUUGUUGAUGCGGUCAACGAGCAGAUGGCUACGACGGAGGAGAUAAGCAAUAUUAUUAAUGAGAGCGGUGGUCAGGUGCUGGAUGAGGAGGAGAUUGACGAUGAGUUUGAGGCGUUGGAGAGGGCAGAUCGCGAGGCGAGAGAGAAGGAGGAAGCAGAGAGGACGAGGAAGAGACUGGCGGAGCUAGAGGCUGCAGAGAAGAAACGCAGGCAGAGGGAUGCUGAGCAGGCGAGAAAGAACGAGAAGGAGGCUGAGGAGGCGAGAAAGAAGGAAGCUGAGGCUGCAGCGAGGGAGGAUGGGGCUGAGGAGCAAGUGGAGGAGGCAUCGCAGCGUAUGGCGAGGAUGUCUUUCCAACAGCCGCUUGAUGAAGAGACUGAAGACGCGGAAGAGGAGCGUGUCCCGGUUUACGCAUGA